AAAAGCUUCAGCUUCACGACGGCAAUCCGCGACUCGGCACGUUUCUCACGACUUUAACGCCCCCAAACCCUCCGAUACAAUGGCCAAGCAAUCUCGUGGUGCCCCUGGUGGCAAGCUCAAGAUGACCCUGGGUCUUCCCGUGGGUGCCGUCAUGAACUGCGCCGACAACUCAGGUGCUCGUAACCUGUACAUCAUCUCCGUCAAGGGUAUCGGUGCUCGUCUGAACCGUCUCCCCGCCGGUGGUGUCGGUGACAUGGUCAUGGCCACCGUCAAGAAGGGAAAGCCUGAGCUGCGAAAGAAGGUCCACCCCGCCGUCAUUGUCCGACAGGCCAAGCCCUGGAAGCGAUUCGACGGUGUCUUCCUGUACUUCGAGGACAACGCUGGUGUCAUCGUCAACCCCAAGGGUGAGAUGAAGGGCUCUGCCAUCACUGGCCCCGUCGGCAAGGAGGCUGCUGAGCUGUGGCCCCGUAUUGCCAGCAACUCCGGUGUCGUCAUGUAAGAGGUUGUUUCGAAGGAGGGAGGUUUUACUUUAUACAGUGGAGACAGAGGAAGAAGAAAAAAGACAUAAAUGAACAAGUCCCCCCCGAUGCGAUUCUUAUAGAAGCGUGGAAAUAAUUUUUCUGCCUCUUAUUUUCCCCCCUUCCGGAUUUCUUUUUUUUUAUUUUGACUCGGGGGAAGAAUGGGAGGGGAGGAAACGGGAAAGUAAAGUCGCUGGAUUGGCAGGCUCUUGCAUUUCGGUUGCGGCGUGUAAGGAUGAUUCAAUAUCAGGUAUCGCAUCAAACGGACAAAGAAAAAAAUAUCCAAGUCCUAAGUCCUCUUUAAACAGUGCUGGGUGAAACUGCUUGUUGUGAUGCCAUCAUUCCUGUAACGUAACGCAAGCCAGAAUGUAAUUAAUCAUAGCCCCGAGCAGCUAUUGAAACAGUCAAUGAAGAGCCUAUAAGGA